AUGUCAAAAUCCGAUGUUUCAAGUAACUCUGAGGUGGAGGAUGUGCUACUUACCCCAGAAAAACCCAAUUUAUGGAACCGAUUCAAGGCGCACAUGAAGAGGUUCUGGUGGGCGUAUUUGAUUGCAUUUUGCAUCUCUGUUCUCGUUAUCAUUCUCCCUCUAUUUUAUGUCGGGAUUCCCAACUUCGCAAACGAUUAUAUCAACAAGUACGAGUAUGACUCUGAUGGCCUUGAGAUUACCAACCCCCGGCCAACCGCCUUUCACGUUAAACAAAAACAAACUCUCCGAACAGGAGGUGGGUUCAGUGGUAGUGGUCAUAUGAACGCAUUCAAUGCCACAUGUCGUGUUAAAGAUACCGAUAAGAUCUUUACAACCUUCCCAGUGCCUGAUAUUGCAUUUGGCAAACACGCCACCCUCGAAAUAGAUCAAGAUAUGCAUUUAUCGUGUGUUGACUGUAUGUCACGAUUGGCAACUGCAGCCGGAUCUAACAGGAGUUCUUCAAUCUUGAUUGAAGGCUCAUCAGAUUUGAAAAUUGGAGCACUACCAACUGCUCAUUUAAACAUCCAUAAAACAAUGAACGUGGGUGAUUUUAUCAACGCCGAAGGCGCAUUCAACAUCACCAGUAUAGAGCUCCUGGAUCCUCCAGUUGAUGGAUAUAACUUCAAUGCCACAAUCUCCGUGCGCAAUCCGACUCCCUUCGUUAUUGAGCUGGGACAUGUGACUUUUAAUCUCACCAUGGGUGGCUCAGAAUUGGGUUGGGUCGAUCUGCCAUAUCUCUUUUUAGAAAAGACUAAUAGCAACGCUGUGGUGCUCGGUUCAGUGGACAAAAAGAGAUUGAUUCAUGAGGCCCUUUCCGGUGACGAUGAAAUUGGCACUGUGACCAUCGAGGUUCAUGGGAGAAGUUGCUCUUUCAAGGGUGUCGAUAUCCCUUACUUCACAGCCGCUAUCAAGGCUGUGUCAGCGUCGACAAGGAUUGAUCUAUUAGAAUAUGCUUCAAGUUUAUUUUCUUGA